AUGUCUCGUUUGAUUGUCAAAGGGCUUCCGAAGUACCUUACUGAAGAUAAGCUCAAGUCUCACUUUGCCAAAGAGGGCAAUGUUACCGAUGUCAAGCUUAUGAAGAAGAGAAACGGCGAGUCUCGUCAGUUUGCUUUCAUUGGAUACAAGUCCGCUGCGGACGCCGACAAGGCUGUUUCGUUUUUCAACCGUUCAUACAUCGACACUGCCAGAAUCGAGGUGCUGCUUGCAAAGACCUUUUCGGACCCAACUGUGCCCAAGGCAAUUCGCGAGAAGCGCAAGAUCAUGGAACAGAAUCUAAUAGAAAAAGAAGAGAGACUUGUGCGUGAGCAGGAGGAGCAACAGGAAAGAAAGAGACAGAGACACGACCACAGAUCGAAACUUGACGACGAGAUCUCUGCCAAUCCAAAGUUGAAGGAAUUCAUUGAAACAAUGAAGCCAUCUUCCCAAACUCAAUCCUGGAAAAAUGACUCCCUUGCAGAUGGUUCAGGUGCUCCCUCAGCUAAGGCUUUGGAAGAGGCCCUUGCUCAACAGGACGGUCUGUCUGCCGCCAAAAUUGACGAAGAUAAAUACACAAUGGCCACUGUUGAAGAUGCCGCCAGUGAUGAUGAGUAUGAGGCUUUCAACAAGAAUGAGGAGAGCGACGAGGAGGAGAUGAUUCCUCUCUCCAAGCCAGAAGAGCCAGUUUUCGAUGAAGCAGCUGAAAAUGAAGAAGUCGACGAAGAGUCAAAUGCCGCUGCAAAAAAUCCGGCCGUGUCGGACUUCGACUGGCUUCAAGAGAAGCGUGUUAGAAUCAAGGAGAACGGUGAAGUGGCCACCUCCUCUGAGGCUCAAAUCACCGAAACCCAAACACAAUCGGAUAAGCCUGUCGCGUCAGAGAAACCAAAAAGUCGUGUGAGAUCGGAGCCUAAACCUGCGGUAGAUCCGGAACAGGUUAUUGUCAACAAAAUCACAGAGACCGGCCGUCUUUUCAUUAGAAACAUUCUUUACGACUCAACUGAAGAAGAGUUCAAAGAGCUUUUCUCAAAAUUUGGCCCUCUCACUGAAGUACACAUUGCCAUCGAUACUAGAACAGGUAAAUCGAAGGGUUUUGUGUAUGUACAAUUCUCAAACAACGAAGACGCAGUUCUGGCUUACCGUGCUCUUGACAAGCAGAUUUUUCAAGGUCGUUUACUACACAUUCUUCCUGGUGAAGCUAAAAAAGACCACAAACUUGAUGAGUUUGCUAUCAAAAAUUUGCCUUUGAAGAAGCAAAGAGAGUUGAAAAAGAAGGCACAGGCUGGUAAACAGCAAUUCAACUGGAACUCUCUUUUCCUCAACAACGAUGCCGUUUUGGAUACUGUCGCACUGAAAAUGGGUAUAAGCAAAGCACAAUUGAUUGAUCCUCAGAGCUCCAGUUCUGCCGUCAAACAAGCCUUGGCUGAAGCUCACGUUAUUGGCGAUGUUCGUAAAUACUUUGAAGAGCACGGUGUUGAUUUGACUACAUUUGGAGGAAAGGAGCGUGAUGAUAAGAUUAUCCUCGUCAAGAAUCUUGCUUUCGGCACCACAAGUGAAGAAAUCGGAGAGCUUUUCGCCGAGUAUGGAGAGCUCAAACGUGUGCUUAUGCCUUCGGUCGGAACUAUGGCAAUUGUUGAAUUCAGAGACUCGCCCGGCGCUAGAGCCGCGUUCACAAAAUUGGCAUACCGUAUGUUCAAGAAGGCAAUCCUUUAUUUGGAGAAAGGUCCUAAAGACUUGUUCACUCGUGAGCCAAGACUUGGUGAGACGGUUGAUAUUGUCAACGAUGAUGAAGAUGAGGAGGAUGCAGUUGCUGCUAAGAUCACUGCGAACGAUGUCAUGGACGAUGAUUCGGACGCUGAAAACAAGGUCAUUGAAGAUGGUCCUACCGUGUCUAUAUUCGUCAAGAACUUGAACUUCACCACGACAAGCGCUCAGCUCUCGGACGUGUUCAAGGAUUUGCCAGGUUUCGUUGUUGCAGUCAUUAAGACUAAGCCAGAUCCUAAGGACGCCCAAAAGACUCUCAGUAUGGGUUUUGGUUUCGUUGAAUUCAGAACAAAGGACAAUGCUGAGGUCGCUAUCCGUACAUUCGACAACCAUGUUCUCAACGGUCACCGCAUGCAAUUGAAAUUAUCUCACAGAAAGUCUGGUACCAGCAAGACUGACAGAUCGGCAUCUGAGAAGACCAACAAAAUCAUCAUCAAGAACUUGCCAUUCGAAGCUACUAGAAAGGAUGUGUUGGAGUUGUUUGGAACGUAUGGUCAAGUCAAAUCCGUUCGUGUCCCCAAGAAAUUCGACAAGUCUGCCAGAGGUUUUGCUUUCGUGGAGUUUACAUUACUUAAGGAGGCUGAGGAUGCUAUGAACCAAUUGGAAGGUGUCCAUUUGUUAGGAAGAAGAUUGGUGAUGCAAUAUGCUGAGAAGGUCUCAGAGAACGCUGAAGACGAGAUUGAGAAGAUGACACAAAAGGUCCGCAAACAAGCUGCGUCGAGAGAGUUUGCCGCAGUCAAGUCCGUCGGUGUUGGCAAAAUGCAAUUGGAAGAGUCCGAGGAUCCAUUUGACCAGAUAUAA